GCCUCAAGCUAUCGUAUUGGUAUCGCGCCCGGCCUGCACCCAGCACAGGGAUCAACAUUUGCCUGCGCUGCGUCAAUCGCCGAUAGCCCUCCGCCCUGCCCAAUCACACGGCCCGACAUGCUGCCCUACAGCGUGCUACUACCACAAUACCAAUGUACCCUACUUACAUACAUAGAUACACUACCAACCUCUCCCAUCUCCACCUCCGCAUUACCUCCAUCGCCAUCCCUCCAUGGAUCCCAUCAUCGUCCUCUCAAUCGCCCGCCGCCUCGUCCUGCACCUAGCCCGCUUGACAUGGUGGCCCAUUGCCAAGCUCAUCACCCUCGCCGUCAUUCUCCUGCGUCCAUUCUAUCUCCUCGUCACUUUUGCUCUGCUUCCCUUCAUCCACCUUGCUCACGCUAUCUUCCAAGUCGUUUCCCUCCCCUUCACCGUCAAGUGGUUAGAGCAGAUCGAGACACUGUACGUCUUUCUCGGAAUAGCUGCCCUCAUAGGAUGCAUCACCGGCACCACUCUCUUCAUCAUGUUCAAGUUCCUGUCGUCCACCCUGAGAAUUAAUGCUCCCAUCGUCCCUGAAAAGCCCGUCGAGACGAGGACGGCCGCCCAGUAUCGCGCUGAACGCCGUGCCAAGAAAGGAGAGGCCGUCCAUCACCUGCCAGCCAUCACUCCAGUCAUUCUCAAGAAACCUAAUGGGCCCCGUAGGCGUGGACUUCUCUCCCAGGCCAUCAUCGAAGAAGAGGAUUCCGACUUUUGACCCUUCUUCAAUCUGUCUGCUCUGUACCCUUGAAGCCAUCCCAGUCCACCACCAAAGUAGAAUGCCCAGAGUCUCUCUGUGACGUCACCGAGUGCAUGCUGGGCCUCCAACGUGUGUCUGCUACGCUAUUACCUCUGCCUAAAUAGGCCCGGUCCAAAGCUUCGUCGCCCGUGGUUUUUGUGUCUAAAGAAUAUAGAUCCAGGGAUAUUGCCGAUAAUACAGAAGGCUGUCUCUGCAACGUGCAUGGC